CACCGGAAGUGCCUCUGCGAGCUACCGCUGCCACGAUUUGAGCCUCUCCUGACUGCAGACUGAUCCAGAGACUUCCAGCCGCUGCUCGUUACCGCCGCGUCUGUCAGGCCCCGUUGUCCAGUUCCUCCUCCGGAUACGACUUUAAACGCUCACGAUAAUGCCCACAAUAAAACUACAGAGCUCUGAUGGGGAAAUCUUCGAGGUGGAUGUGGAGAUAGCCAAGCAGUCUGUCACCAUCAAGACCAUGUUAGAAGAUUUGGGGAUGGAUGAUGAAGGAGAUGAUGACCCAGUUCCUCUCCCCAAUGUGAACGCUGCCAUCCUGAAGAAGGUGAUUCAGUGGUGCACCCAUCACAAAGAUGACCCUCCUCCACCCGAGGACGACGAGAACAAGGAGAAGAGGACGGAUGACAUUCCUGUGUGGGACCAGGAGUUCCUCAAAGUCGACCAAGGCACCUUGUUUGAACUCAUCCUGGCCGCCAACUAUUUGGACAUUAAAGGUCUGUUAGACGUCACCUGCAAGACGGUGGCCAACAUGAUUAAAGGCAAAACCCCAGAGGAGAUCAGGAAGACUUUCAACAUCAAAAACGACUUCACAGAGGAGGAGGAGGCUCAGGUACGCAAAGAGAACCAGUGGUGUGAAGAGAAGUAAAGGGGAAAGAUCCUGCCAACACUACCACACUGAAAAGGAUUGUCUCUGCUAACUGAUUGCACUGGCGUUGUUCAUACUUGUUAAUAUUUACAUUUAGUAUAUUUAAAGCCACAUGACCCCCCCUUUGCCGCCCCUCGCCCCCGUUCCUCCAUUUCUGUAUACCAAUAGCAUGACCAUUUUAACUUGCUUGUGUGGUGUUAUUAAUUUAAGUAAAGACGCUCUUUCUGUUUCCCACACUCUCCUGUUGUGUAUUCUCAUAAAGUGAACGGUCCUGGGUUCCUGGCUUUGUACCCCUAAAGAUUAGACAGCAGCAGUCCUUUCAUAUUCCUCCUAUCAUUAAUUGCUAUGAUCGUCUUUUUUACUGGACAUGUUUGUUUUCUUUUAGGUUAAUUGAUUGAAUAAAAUGGCUUUUUUUGACAAUGGAAAGUGAAGGGUGAAUAUUAUUUUUGCCCGGUUAAAGGCAUUUGUUCUGUGAAACCAUGUUAAAGAGAUGAUGGGCUGUUUUUAAUGGAAAUGUAAGGUUUGAGGUAGAAAGGUGUUUUUUUUUUGUUUUCUUUCUCUUUUCUCCCUUUUGCAUAAUGUCCGUUGGACUUGAAGUACUUGUGUGUUGUCACACAGUGUUGGGGUUAAUCAGUCCUAAUUCAUGUUGUAUUGAAUAGGAAACUGCUCAGAUAAGCUCUGAUGCUGGCUUUCGGGGUGGUCACAGAUAUACUGAAGGAGUAAAUAAAUCAUGAAAAGGC